GUUUGGUCACUCGGCGUAAUACUGUUUAUGCUUGUUUCGGGCCGACUACCGUUUCAAGAGGCUAAUGAUUCUGAAACCUUAACGAAAAUUCUCGACUGCAGUUUCUCUCUUCCUGGCCAUGUCUCGGAUGGAUGCAGGAAGUAUGCUGUGAAAAUGCUUUAUGAUUUGACAAAAAUGUUAACAGACAAGUUGUGUUUGAGGUUGAUCGAAAGCAUGCUCGUUCGUAAUCCGUCGCAGAGGGCUUCGCUUAUGGAAAUUGCUCAGUGUGGUUGGGUGAAAGCUGGCGCCACAGGUCAUUCGUGCGCGCUGCCUCUGAUCAUCCGGGAAAAUAUCACUGAAGAGUUACACAACAAGAUCAUGAACUUGAUGGUUACUGGAAGCAUUGCCGACGUGGAUCAUAUUACAAAAUCUUUAGAAAACAAUGACUACAACCACGUCACGGCUACUUACUACCUUCUUGCUGAACGCUUCCUGCGAGACGAGCGCCUCAAACAGGCGCAGAAGUUAUCUUCGCCAAGCAGGGAAGAGUCCGAGGAAGAAGCGGAAGAUCAGAAUAGCUCUGACUCCUCGGCGUCUAAUUCGAUUGAGCGAUUUGGCUCGACUUCCUCGCGUGAAAGUUCAUUCUUCAUUAAUAAACGCGGGUCGUCUUAUUUGCUGCACGAUCUUUCGCUCGACUUGGAUCUGGCUUCUCAGAGCUCACGUGCGUCAGUUACUUCCAAAGGCGUUCACGAACCGACCGACAGUCGGAAUAUGUCUCCGCUGGACGAUCGCAUUUCACCGUUGUUACAACGGUACCGUGGUCACGGAUCAGCAUCUUCUCGGAAACUGACAGGGAUUGCGUCUUCACCUCAACUUCUGGAGAUCAGCGAAGAGGAAGAAGAAAACGGGGCGAGACUGCUAAAAAAUCCAGGGUGUUCGUCGUUGAUCCGGAACGGCCCUACCGAUGACAUUGGCUUACGCGAUAAGGCACUUCAUCCGAGCCGUCGUUCGGCUAGCUGUUCCUCAAGCGAAACCAGUGAUGACGAAGAACGUCGUCUUGGCUUUGUUACGUCGCAUCUUGUGAAGAAAGAUUUUGAUACGGACGAUGACUCGGAUCCACCUUCUUCAUCUGGCAUCAACGCUUAUAGUCGCGUGCCAAAUGUUAGCACGUCCAAAGUUGCUGACUCAGGUAAUGGCAUUCGUGAAAACGACCAUCGAACAAUGAGCAGUGGCAGUGGCGGUGGCAAGGAGACGAAAAGUCCAGGACAGUCGCAGACGGGAAGGCCGCAAGUGGUUCCACGAAUGCGUGGCACUUUCCGCCGUUAUUUAGACACCGUCAUGCUUUCGGCAAAAUAUCCUUUCGUCACUACUUUCAGUAUGCUUUGCGAACUGAACGAUUGGACGAAACCACUAAUGAAACCCCGAAGUUGUGAAUUCCUGCAGAAUAUCAGGUACAGUUCAUUUACCGCAAAGCCGGAUUACAAGUCUUCGUCCAGCUCGUUGCAGUAUCAUGAAAAUAGCGAAAAAUCAACACAGAGCAUUCCGCACCCGAAGUCGAAAUCUCGGCGCUUUGCGCUGUUCGUUGAAGCCAGCCGGAUUUGGAAAAAUGGUCGUUUUUCAGGAAAUGUCCGGUAG